AUGGCCGGUGUUAAGUUACAGAGAUCCUUAAACGCAGAAGCUCCGGAGUUCUUUCCCUGUAGCCGAAACAACCAAGUCGAUGAAGUUUCUUAUUUUGCCUCUUAUCUUCAAACUCCCCAAAUUUUCUCCUUUCAAAACCCUUACCUUCUCUACCACAGGCCGUCGACUUCAUAUUCAAACACCCAUCUUUCUAGAAACAAAACGGGGUUCGGCGAUUUACCGCAUGCACCUGCUGAUGUAGCUACAUCAUCAGAAUCAGUCCCUUUCUGGGUGAAUACACCUGAUGAAGAAACCUAUUUGACAGUUGAUGAAGCGGCGGAGGAGCCACAACUUGGGGUUCAAAACGGUUCUAAUUACCAUAGAAAAGCUAAAAGAGGGCCGUACGGAAAUAGGUUUCUCUGGAGACGAAGGUAUAAGCAAGAAUGGAGGCUUAGGAGACAGAAUGGCGAGGAGGGGGGGUGCAGUCGUUAUGGGGAUGGUGAAAAUUUUUCUAGGUAUCCGAGAAAUUUACAUUACAGGGUUGCGCCGCCCAAGAUUAAACAUCCUGUGCUUCCUCUUGAGAGUGAUGGUCUAAAUACUACUGUGAUGAUCAGAAAUAUCCCAAAUAAAUUCACUCGUGAAAUGUUGAUGAACUUCCUCGACGAUCAUUGCAAGGUGGAGAAUGAAAAGGCUCAAGUUCAGAAUUCAGUCACAAAAGACGAAGAACCAGCCCUCGUGUCAGCCUUUGAUUUCUUGUAUUUGCCAAUAGAUUUCCAAAAUCGCGUGAACAAAGGCUAUGCCUUCGUGAAUUUCACAACUCCAGGAGCUGCCUGGAAGUUUUAUCUUGCAUCUCACAAUCAACCUUGGGGAGCUUUCCAAUCAAACAAGAUACGCGAGAUUGCCUCUGCCAGACUUCAGGGAAGGGAGGAUUUGGUGAGGCAUUUUGAGAAGAUUUCGUUUCCCUGUGGGGAGAAAGAGGAGUAUUUGCCGAUAUGUUUCACACCGGCGCGCGAUGGCUCGAGGGAGAAGGUGAACCAACGCACUGUUGGGAGAUGUGCAGGCUCCGUAACCAAAUCCUUCUCCAGCUCUGACGGUUGA